CUGUGGGGCGGUCGUCGCGCGUGGCUCGUCCGAGCGCGGUUGGGGGCCAGGUCCUGCUAGUCAAGUUAUUGUGGCCCCGAGUAGGGCUCUGCGGCUUUGACUUUGGUCGGCGAGGGCCUGGGGCACAGCGACGCGCCGAGCGCCGUACGCUAUGCUCUCUAUUCCCUCCUGGGCUCCUUCCUAGACUUUCGCAUAACUCCUGAGGGUAUUCUCCACCCUGAUAGAAGUGGAAUUACUGGUCAAAGGACAUUCUGAUUUGGGAGAGGUGGCCCCAGAAAUAAAACCAUCAGAGAGACGAACAGCUGUGGCAAUUGCAGAUUUGGAAUGGAGAGAAAUGGAAGGAGAUGACUGCGGGUUCCAUUAUGGAGAUGGUACGAAUGAGGCUCAGGACAAUGACUUCCCAGCAGUGGAGAGAAGCAGGCUUCAGGAAAUGCUAUCCCUGUUGGGACUGGAGACAUACCAGAUGCAGAAGCUCAGCCUCCAGGACUCUCUGCAGAUCAGUUUUGACAGUAUGAAAAACUGGGCUCCUCAGGUUCCCAAGGACCUGCCCUGGCAUUUCCUCAGAAAACUGCAGGCCCUCAAUGCUGAAGCCAGGAAUACCACCAUGGUGCUGGAUAUGCCUCCAGAUGCCCGGCCUGCAGAAAAGGAAAACCAGAUGGAGGAGGAGAUGAUCUACUGGGAUCCAGCUGAGGAUAUCGCUGCUGAUGACAUCUACUCUUUCUCUGAGUUGCCAACACCCGACACACCAGUGAACCCCCUGGACCUUCUCUGUGCCCUGCUGCUGUCCUCAGACAGUUUUCUGCAGCAGGAGAUUGUGCUCAAGAUGUCCCUCUGCCAGUUUGCACUCCCACUUGUGUUGCCUGACUCAGAAAACCACUAUCACACCUUUCUGCUGUGGGCCCUACGGGCCGUUGUACGGACGUGGUGGUCCCAGCCCCCUCGGGGCCUGGGCAGCCUAAGAGAGGACAGUGUGGUCCUAUCCAGGGCACCUACCUUUUCCUUCGUGCGCAUGGAUGUCAGCAGCAACUCUAAGUCCCAGCUGCUCAAUGCCAUCCUCAGCCCUGGCCGUAGGCAAUGGGACUGCUUCUGGCAUCGGGAUCUCAACUUGGGCACUAAUCCCCGGGAGAUUGCAGAUGGGUUAGUAGAGAUUUCUUGGUUUUUUCCCAGUGGCAGGGAUGACCUGGAUGUCUUCCCAGAGCCUGUGGCCUUUCUGAACCUGCGAGGUGACAUUGGGUCUCACUGGCUGCAGUUUAAACUUUUGACAGAAAUCUCCUCGGCUGUGUUUAUUCUGACAGACAACAUCAGUAAGAAGGAAUACAAACUAUUAUACUCUAUGAAGGAGUCAACCACAAAAUACUACUUCAUUCUGAGUCCCUACCGGGGGAAACGGAACACAAACCUCCGAUUCCUGAACAAGCUGAUCCCUGUGCUGAAGAUAGACCACUCACACGUCCUGGUGAAGGUCAGUAGCACUGACAGCGAGAGCUUUGUGAGGAGGAUCAGAGGGAUUGUGGGUAGUGUGGUACGGUCCCCCUGCAGGAGGGUGUCUGUGGAAGACAUGGCUCAUGCAGCCCGGAAGUUGGGCCUCAGAAUUGAUGAGGACUGUGAGGAGUGUCAGAAGGCAAAGGACCGAAUGGAGAGAAUCACCAGAAAGAUCAAGGACAUAGAUGGCUACAGGAGGGAUGAGCUGAGGCUGCAGGGAGACCCUGGAAGGAAAGCGGCCCAAGUGGAGAGGGAGUUCUGCCAGCUGCAGUGGGCCCCAGACCCACCUGAGAAGCACCGGGCUGAGCUGAGGCGUCGGUUUCUGGAGCUCCGGAUGCAGCAGAAUGGCCAGGAGCCUACCUCAGGGGUACAAGAGUUCAUUGCUGGGAUCAGCAGCCCCUCUCCGGGUGAGAGACAAUACUUCCUGAGGUGGAUGGAGUGGGGGCUGGCUCGGGUGGGCCAGCCACGGCUGAGACAGCCCCCAGAGACUCUUCUCACUCUGAGACCAAAACUCAGCGGGGCCUCAGACUUGAGUGAACCACUCUGGCCUGAGCCUCUUGGGGUAGAGCAUUUCCUGCGUGAGAUGGGGCAAUUCUAUGAGGCAGAGAGCUGCCUGGUGGAGGCAGGGAGGCUGCCAGCUGGCCAGAGGCGCUUUGCCCACUUCCCAGGCCUAGCUGUAGAGCUGCUGCUGCUGGGGCUGCCCCUGGAAUUGGUGGAUGGGGGAACCCUGAGCAUCCCUGUUCGCUGGGUCACAGGGCUCCUCAAGGAGCUGCACAUCCGCCUGGACAGGAGGUCUCGGCUGGUAGUUCUAUCUGCCCUGGGGAUACCAGGCACAGGGAAAUCCAUGCUUCUCAACACCAUGUUUGGCCUGCGAUUUGCUACUGGGAGGAUCUGCAGUCCCCGGGGGGCCUUCAUGCAGCUCAUCACAGUGGCUGAGGGCUUCAGCCAGGACCUGGGCUGUGACCACAUCCUUGUGAUAGACUCUGGGGGGCUGAUCAGUGGGGCUUUGACCUCAGCUGGGGACAGGUUUGAGCUGGAGGCUUCACUGGCCACUCUGCUAAUGGGGUUGAGUAAUGUUACUGUGGUCAGUUUAGCUGAAACGAGGGACAUUCCACCAGCUAUUCUGCAUGCAUUUCUGAGGUUGGAAAAAACAGGACACAUGCCCAGCUAUCAGUUUGUGUACCAGAACCUUCAUGACAUGCCUGUCCCCAGCCCCAAGCCAAGAGAGAGGAGGCAGCUCUUGGAACCACCCAGUGACCUGAACAGAGCUGCUGCCCAGAUGGAGAAGCAAGGUGGUGGCUUCCGGACACUGGCGGGCCUAGCCUUCUGCGACCCUGAGAGGCAGCAUGUCUGGCAUGUCCCAGGACUGUGGCAUGGAGCACCACCCAUGGCUGCUGUGAGCCUUGGGUAUAGUGAGGCCAUUUUUGAAUUGAAGAGAUGCCUGCUAGAAAACAUCAGAAAUGGCCUGUCCAACCAAAACAAAAACAUCCAGCAGCUCAUUGAGCUGGUGCGGCGGCUGUGAGUGUUCAGGUGUUGGGGCUGCUAUGGUGGCCUAUUCUGAUGGGGUCUAGCAGGCUGUGCCCAGGCACCUGAGAAGGAAGACCAGUAAAAGACGGGGGUAGGGGUCUCCUAACAGUGUUAAGAAAAGAGAUAACCUCACAGACCAGCUCAGAGAUGUCACUGGGGAAAUCAGAGGCCCUGGGUGGGAUGACACAAGCAUCCUGUCAAGGAUGAAUCCUGUCAAGGUUCCUGAGGGUUGGUCCUAUAGACAGCUAUUCCUUCAUUGGCCCCUGGAGUUCGGAACAGCUUCCUCAGUCACUGUAGGCCCCAGCAGGCAGGGACAUCCAGUUGAGGUUAGGAGUUGUCCUGAGGAAGCAUAGGGGAGGUCUUGCUUCCACCCAACCUAAGGGUUGUGGACCAGCAUUUGAGGUUUUGGUGAUGUGAUCCUGCCCAUGUGUGGAAGACACUGCCAUGGCACCAGAUAUGUGGACUGAUCUGUGAAGCCUUCCCUGACCCUUGCCCCCAGGAAGCGUUCAUCAGAAACCCUGUUGUGUCCCAGCACUUUUGUCAUACCUCUGCCUCAACAUUUCAUGGCGUAUUGUCACUCAUGUGUUUACUGUCUGCCCCCAGACUGUGAGCUCCUUGAGGGCAGGGACAGAACAUCCAGCUGUGUAUCCCCAGGGUCUGGCACACUGUAGGCACUUAAUAAAUGUUUGUCGAAUGAA